GAUUGUGAAAUUGUCGUCGUAAACAAUAACAAAUAAAAUCAAUACAAUGGAGAUAUAAUUGGAAAGAAUAUAAUUGAACAAAUACUCGGCAGCCAAAAUACUCCUAAUCUUAUCACAAAACCAAUAUAUUUAUUAUAUAUAUACAAAGUUUAAUUUAAAUACCAAAAAUGCAUGAAGCAUUUAUUGAUGUCAAUAAUGUUCCUACCCAUGUAAUGACAUGGGGUGACUGGAUCGAAGCAGAUUUGUCAAAACAAAGAGAAAUUGUCUUGUGUAUACCAGGAAAUCCUGGUUUACCAGGAUAUUACACGAGAUAUUUAGCAGAAUUACAUUAUCAGCUAGGAAAAGACAUUCCUGUUUGGAUUAUCGGUCAUGCAGGACAUGAUGAACCUGCAAGUGAUAAAUCAAUAAACAUUCCUGAUCUCGAAAACAAUGAACAUUUGUUUAACUUGGAAGGCCAAGUCAAACAUAAGGUUGAAUUUAUAAAAAAAUAUGUACCUGAAAACACUAAGAUACAUCUUGUCGGACAUUCCAUAGGAUCCUGGAUGAUCCUGCAACUGUUAAAAAAUUCCGAAGUCAGUAAAAAGAUAUUACAUACCUAUCUAUUAUUCCCGACCAUCGAAAGAAUGGCAGAAUCUUCCAAUGGCAAACUUUUAAUCAACUUUUUGUUCCCGAUUCGUAAAAUACUCCAAUUUAUAGUAAUGCUCUUUUGCCUGUUACCAAUAUUUGUAAGAACCUAUUUGAUAUACUUCUAUUUCAUUUUAUCUUCCAUUCCCAAUUGGUUUUUGGGCACGACUUUAAAUUACAUACAAGUCAGUGUUUUGCAAAAAGUAUUAUUCUUGGCCCAAGAUGAAAUGGAUAAAGUCACUGAAUUGGAUGUGAAGGCUGUGCAGGAGCAUCAAUCGAGGAUGAAAUUAUAUUAUGGUGCAACAGACGGUUGGACACCUCUUGAGUAUUAUAAAGAAUUAAAAGAUAAAUUUCCUAAUAUUGACGCACAAGUUUGUAAAUGGAAUUAUGCUCAUGCCUUUGUUCUAAAGAGCUCAGGCGAAAUGGCAGUUCUUACAGCUGAAUGGAUUUUGAGUAAAACUUCUUAUGAAUAAGUGAUAUUUUAGAUU